AUGAAUGUACAGAUUCAAGAUUUCCUUUCACCUAGGCUUGGUCAGUUGGCCACUUCAAUUCCCACUUCUUGUCAUGUGAUCUUGAUGUGGAUACUUCGACAUUACAUACAAAAUAUGACGCAUUCUGUAGAAGUUACUAAUGGUCAAAAUUUUACUGAAUCCGUCACUUGCUUACUCCUAUUCACAUUUCAGCCUCCUUGCAUGGUAGAGCAUAACAUGGUUCCUGAUGUUCCAUUCUAA